AUGUCCCGCCCACCUCUCAUUCCCUCUGUGAUCCGAUUACAACUCGAGGUUUUCGUUGAACGUACUCCACCACCUAUGUCAUUUAUUGUUAUGGGGAACUCAGGAGACUUCAUGAUAACGAAUUCUGUUUGCCUAUAUGUGGAUAUUUUCCUACUGGUCAUCUGUAUUCUACAAAUUCUCGCCAAUUUUGUCGUGUUAUUCGUGUGGUGCACGUCAAAACGACUUCUACGAAACGACAGUCUGAUCUUGUUGGUAUCAUUAGCAUUUAUUGACUUUGUUUAUGCUGUGCUACAAUUCCCGUAUUUAAUUAUUCUGAUUGCUGGUGCAAAGCCUGACGAUGUUCCGUUCAAUUACAAUCCUUGGAUUAUCGUUCCAUUAGGUGGACCAUCGGCAGCAUUGAUGAAAUCCGGUUGUACUAUCACUACCGCUAUAGCUAUCGAUCGUGUACUAGCUUUGUAUUUUCCCGUGCAGUACUAUAAACAAUCGAAACGAUAUUGGUCCAUCGCUGCAUUCAUAUUCGCACUGUUUCUUGCUUUUAUUGAUUGGUUGAUCCUACAACUUACCGUAACUAUAGUCCCAGUGCCUGGUUGUAGUUCGUUUGGUUGUUUCACCAAUACUGUGUUUCGUGCAUAUUGGGGCCUAUCGAAUAUGAUGAUGAAUUUGUUCUCAUGCUUACUAACCGUGGUGAUUGUUUACCAUCUAUUCAAGAAAUCGCCUAAAGUUUCUAAGGCGGCUGAAGUUGAAAGAAAUAAUCGGAGCAAGAUUGACAGAAGUGCUAACAGAGUUGCAUUGUAUAUUUUGCUUGUCUCAGCAUUAAUUGGAGUUGUACCUGGUUGCCUUAAUGGUGUUGGGACUAUUGUCAGCUUUCCGCUCCUUGCUGAAGUUUCCUUCUUUGUCGGCACGUGUGCAACACUAUCCGGACUGUCUCAUGCCUUCAUCUUCGCUAUGGCUCAUCGUGAAAUCAAACGCGCCAUAGUGAAGAACGUAUUCAGAUUGGAAACUGGUGAUAGAUUCACUACUCGAGUGGAUCCAUCAAGUGUUGCGGUGGGAGUAAGGAGAUAUUCAAAGACGAACAUCAAUCAGAGAAAACAGUGUUAUACGUAA